UCUGCUAAAAGGUACGUACACAUGGAUUGUUCUGUGCUUGGGAAAAAAACCAUUCUAUAUCCGUUUGCUUUUAACUUAUUCUCUUAUUCGCUGAAUGUCAUACAUUGUGCGCAUUGCAUAAACCAUCCGCAUUUAGAUCCUGUCGGAAACGGUCGCGCCAAACGCGUAGAUCCUGUGUCGUCUAACGAAAUUGAUCGAAUAUUCGUGCACCUGUACUGUUCGUUUCUAACAUGAAACAGCAACUUUACUGUGACGUCAGAAAGUCACGUGACGGACGGCAAGAGCUCAGUGUUCACAAGGCUGUCGCUGAGUGAACAAUAUAUAAAAUAAUUGAUCAUAGUAAUCUGGAAGCACUUGGAGCUUGAGUCUACCUUGUGGCCAGGAUGCCACCUCUCACAGUCAACGGGGACAUGAAGUCCACCCUGCAAGACUACAUAAGCAAAAACAAGGUUAUGAUCUUCAGCAAGACAACAUGUCCAUUCUGUCAGAAGGUGAAGGACUUGUUCAAGACGCUGAAUGUUGAAUACACAGCUCUUGAAAUAGACAAGUUAGACAACAUGAGCGCUAUCCAGGCCGGUCUGUUCGAGCUCACAGGACAGAAAACUGUGCCUAACGUCUUCAUCAAUGGAAACCAUAUUGGUGGGUGUGACUCUGUGCUGAAGCUCCACUCCGACAACAGGCUGAUGGUGACGGUGUCCACACCAAGCACUGCCUAUGAAUAUGAUCUGGUUGUGAUAGGAGGGGGGUCAGGUGGACUCGCUGCUGCCAAGGAAGCUGCACAGUUAGGAAAGAAAGUUGCCCUUCUAGACUUUGUAAAACCAAGCCCGCAGGGAACAGCAUGGGGAUUGGGAGGAACGUGUGUAAAUGUCGGAUGCAUCCCGAAGAAGCUGAUGCACCGGGCGUCGGUACUAGGAGAGGAACACGAAGACUCCAAGAAGUUCGGCUGGGACUAUGGGGAAACAAAGCCAAAUCACAAAUGGGACGUCAUGCGGGACGGCAUUCAGGAUUACAUCGGUUCUCUCAACUGGGGUUACCGGGUGCAGCUCCGGGAAAAGGACGUCACCUACAUCAACGGAUAUGGGGAAAUCCUCACCCCUCACAAAAUCAAGUCCACAAACAAGCGAGGGAAAGUCCAGGAAAUCACCACAGAGACCAUCGUCAUUGCCACGGGUGAAAGACCUCGCUACCCGGACAUCCCUGGGGUCAAGGAGUACAGUAUAACAAGUGACGAUCUCUUCUCGCUGCCGUACUGUCCAGGCAAGACACUCUGUGUUGGGGCCUCGUAUGUGUCGCUAGAGUGCGCUGGCUUCCUCCACGGGCUGGGACUGGACACAACGGUCAUGGUCAGGUCAAUCCUCCUCCGAGGGUUUGACCAACAGAUGGCAGAGAAAAUUGGGAUCUUUAUGGAGAAGGGCGGAAUGAAGUUUGUCUGGAACGCUGUGCCACAGAAGAUAGAGCGACUCGAGGAGGGCACACCGGGGAGGUACAGAGUUACUGCCCUUGGACGAGAGGGCCAGGAGAUUGUGGAGGAGUAUAACACUAUCCUGUACGCUAUUGGCAGAGACCCUUGUACCUCAGGCAUCGGACUGGAGAACGUCGGUGUUAAAGUCAACCCCAAAAAUGGGCGAGUGAUCUGUGAUGACCGGGAACAGACCAGUGUCCCCAACAUCUACGCCAUUGGUGAUAUUGUAGACGGGAAGCUGCAGCUGACUCCCGUGGCCAUCCAGGCAGGGAAGCUCCUGGCUCGGAGAUUGUAUGCUGGCUCGAAACUCCUGUGUGACUAUGUGAACGUAGCUACAACAGUGUUCACUCCUCUGGAGUAUGGUGCCAUCGGCUACGCGGAGGAAGAUGCCAUUGACAAGUUUGGAUUUGAAAAUAUUGAGGUGUACCAUUCCAACUUCAACCCAUUGGAAUGGACAGUGCCGGGUCGGGCAGAAAAUGCCUGCUAUGCCAAGAUUAUCUGCCUUUUGUCAGAAAAUGAGAGAGUGAUAGGAUUCCAUGUUGUUGGACCUAAUGCAGGGGAGAUAACUCAGGGAUAUGCCAUUGCUAUGAAGAAGGGGGCGACGAAGGAAGACUUUGACAAUGCGAUAGGCAUUCAUCCAACAUGUUCGGAGAUUUUCACGACAUUGAGCGUGACAAAACGUAGCGGGGCGGACACCGCGGUGUCGGGCUGCUGAGGUUAAUUCCCUGCUGCUAACGUCUCUCACUCCUAACACUGUACCUGCAGACAGCACCAGUAUCAUGGCCGGCGGAACUUGUUAACAAGACUGGAAGAUAAUGCUUGACCGAAAACCCAGAAACUCUUUUCUGUUCUUUUAGAAAGAACAGACGUGCUAUGGGUGGUGGUUUUGGGGUUCAUAUAUCAUGCAUAUUUUGUUAUCAAUAAGUGUACACAUGAAUAAGAAAAAAUCAACACUAUUCAGGAAAAACAAACGGUUUUAUGGGUUAGGGUGAAAUUUGACCAGAAACCAAACCCUUUGUAGUUUUUCAGAAAGAACAUGUUUGGUGGUGGUUUUAGGUCCUGAUAUAUCCUGCAUAUUUGUUAAUCAAUAAGUAGAAAAAUAUUGGCACUAUUCAGGAAAACAUACAAAAAAGGUUCAUAUAUUAUGGCAGUAUUUGUGAUUUUGUUAUUUGCUUACUGAGUUGAUCUUAAUACUCAAGCAUGGUCUUUCAGUAUAGCGUCAUGGUACUAUGUGCAGGACUUGAAGGUAUGUGGAGUUUGAGAGACGAGCAGCAGGGGAGAUAACUCGCUUGUGUGAAGACAGAGGGCGCUAGUGUGGCGCCAUUAUGACGGCUAACAUCGUAAACCCAACAGGGAGAUGUGGCUUGACCACUCUGUCGACAUACAGGCACCGAUGAACAGAAUAUAGCGACGUCAGCAAAUAUAUUUGAAGACAUCUGCUACCUGUUUGAAGCCAGAGAUCGGACAGAUGUCGUGUCUGUUGGUGUCUGGUUAUUGUGUAUUUGUACAGAUAUAGUGAUACUGUUUAUUUCUCUGUGGAUAAAACUCUGAAGUUUGUACAGAACAGUGUGAGAUCGUCACAUUCUCAUCGUGUCUAUGUUGAUCAUGUCUAAUUCUGUGUGGUUGUCUGUGAUAGGACUAGUCUGCCUGAGAGCAACAAAGCAAUAAUUAUCGAAUAUAUAGAUCUGCCAGCAGGUUGUUCUUUUUUCAAAUGACAAUAAUUAUUAUAUACCGUAUUCGACAUAAUGAGCGCCCCGGGCACUCUCAAAAUUAAAAAUAGGGGGUUCUUAUUAGAAUAAAAUUUUAGUGGAAAAAUCGUAAAUUUCGUGGUUUAUGCUGCCAGUCUGAAAUGAUACAAAAGAAAAGUCUGUGCGUAUUAUAUUUUUCCAGAAUUUAAUUGCCCAUUAUUAAGGGUGCAUAUAACACACGAGUGCGUAUGAUACACAAAUAAAUAAGUCUUGUGUACAUUGAUCUAUUGAAAGGGGUGCUAAUUGGGAUUGUUCACUAGCCAAUAUAUUGGCAAAUAUCGCUGUGGGCGCUUAUUACGUCGAAUACAGUAAUGCAAAUUUUCACCAUAUUCAUUUGCCAAGAAGUGGCCGGGUCAUUCUAAAGAAAUACAUAUUGACUCCAAACUCAGGUCUGAUAAUUUACAAUAUUGACUGGAGUCGCCGCAAUUUGCCGUGCAGAGUUGCGUCCCUUGGGCACGCCAGAAACCUAUGAUUGUGGGUUCGAAUCCCGGUUUGCCCCCAUUAUGUUUCUAGGUUUGUCAGCACGAUACCCGAAGUGGUAAACGUCUGAGACCUGCAUGCAUUUGGGCUUUCCUCCCACAUUAAGCUGACAUGCCGUGAUAUAAGUGGAAUACUCUGAAAAGCAACAUUAAAUACAACUCACUCACUCAUAUCACAGGGUCUGUAAUAACCAGACCUGUAUUUAUACCCCCUGCUGGGCUCAUAUGGCUUGUCAAUGCAGUUUUAAUGAGCUAUCAAUAUCAGCCCGGGUGGUAAGGAUUUAGAGUUACGUCCCUUGGUGCAUUGGUGAUCUCCCCCUGUGACAAUGUCUUCAAACAAGGUGAACAUGUUUUUUUCUGACUGUUUUACGGACUUGCACAGAAUUUAAGACAUAUUGUAUGAAUGGAUACGUUUCACAAUUAUGAUCUGUGAUAAAAAGGUUAUUUUAUGGCAGUUUUCAUAUCAUACUCCAUAUCAACCCUUGACCCCCUUAUCAACCCACUUGCCAUCGGUCCUCUGGGUGAUAUGGGGCUCUUGGGUUGAUAUGAGGUUUGAUAUGAAAACUGCCUCUAAAUAUCAACCUCACACGAGAUCGAUGUUGCUAUUUUCAGGUCCAUAAAAACAGGUACUGAUCUCAUAUUAAGUCUAUAAAUAUUGCCUCAAUAGGCAAAUUCUGGGAGGGGAUAUUUGUCUAUGCAAAUUUUUAUUUGUAAAUCUUUGAGUUAUUAACAAUUACCAUGAAUAUUAGGCAUGUCAAGUUUCAGAUCUGAUGUAAAGAGCGUUCUUUCUUGAUGUAAAUUAAUGCUUGCAACAUCAUUGCAAAAUGUGGUUGCAUUGAAUAAGACAUUUGCAAAAAAUAUUAUGCAUAUUGCCACAUUUUAGUAGCUGUUAUGACACAAACUGAGCUUGAAAAUGUUAUUCUGCAUAACAUUAUUAUCAAGUGUAGCAGACUCUAAGUCUAUAUAUAGUAUCAAAAAUCGGUGGGAUGUUAUAGUCAAUCUACCCAUUGGCAGCAAAUAACUGUAAAUUUGUGGCUGUAAUUGUUUUGUCACAGGUUGUCAUAGUUACAUGAAGGGUGUUUACAGCCAGGAAUACAUGACAUAUUGUUGCCUCAUCUUUGAACUGUACAUGGCAUCUCACCAAUUUGUGAAUAAAGAUUCAUGACUACGUA